AUGCCUAGGGACAUAGAUGAAGUUGCAGAGGAUAGUAUCAGACGCCAGAGCCAUGAUGUCUUGGAAACCACCAUAGGUCAUUUUGGACGAUGGCAAUGUUUAAUAUCCAUACUAAUGGCCCUGCUCAAACUACCCAUUGCUUGGUUCUCGCUCAGCAUAGUGUUCCUUGCACCGCCAACUCAGUUCUGGUGCAGACAACCAGAAGAAUAUGCCAAUUUAUCAGACGCACAGUGGCUACAAGCUAUCACUCCAAAUGACAACUCAGCCUUGAGAAAGGAAGGCUUAAAUAUGGGGUACUGCUCAAUGAGAGACAAAUAUAGUAACCUAAACAACUCAGUACCCUGCUCCAAUGGCUACAGCUACAACACUUCAAUAUUCCAUUCUAGCAUCGUAACCGAAUGGAAUCUGGUCUGUGGUCAACAAGGACUGAUAGACUUAUCCCAAAUCACAUUUAUGUUGGGGAUUCUCAUAGGCAACAUCUUCUUUGGUGUCUGGGCAGAUAGGAAAGGAAGAAAACCAGUACUGAUGGCGUGCAUAUUUCUCCAGUCAAUAUUUGGAAUCAUAGCCUCGUUUGUGCCCUGGUACUGGGCUUUUGUCUUAUCUAGACUUUUACUUGCUGUCUUCAAUGGCGGGACCAUCGUCACAUCUUUCGUGAUGUGUAUGGAGGUAGUUGGAGGAAGAUGGAGGACGAUCGUUCCCAUAUUAUACCAGAUUCCUUUCGGGUUUGGUAACUCUAUUAUGGCAGGUCUAGCCUAUUUUAUAAGGAACUGGAGAUCGUUUCAUUGUGCUUUAUCAGUUUUGUCCUGCCUCUUCGUUAUGUACUACUACUGCUUGCCAGAAUCGCCACGGUGGCUGUUAGCUGUAGGCCGUCGUGAGGAAGCGAUAGACAUCCUACAGAAGGCUGCAACAUUUAACAAGAAGGAUACAAGGGAAAUCGACGAUAUUAUGACUGAGCUAUCCAACGUUUCGUCUGGUGGGCAGAAGAAAUCUUCUUUCUUCGUCCUAUUCUCCACGCCCCAACUACGAUUAAGGAGCACCCUACUCUUCAUAAAAUGGACGAUCUGUGGAGUAACUUUCUUCGCGUUCUCCCAAUUCCUGGGUCACGUGAGUGGGAAUAUCUACUUCACCGUAGCUACAGGGGGACUCAUAGUGUUACCCGGCACAUUUCUAUGUGUCUACUUAGUUGGUAAAUGCGGCAGAAAGGUUACCAUAGCUUGCAGUCAUAUAGCAACCUCGGUGUUCUUUCUGGCGAUAUUAGCCGUUCCCAAAGGUUGCUUCCCGCAGGACUGGCCCAGGGUUGCAUUUGCUGCUUGCGGAAUAAUUGCUAUAUCAAUAUCCAUGCCAGCUAUGUACCUCUUCACCGGAGAGCUCUUCCCCACAGUUGCCAGGAACGCAGGUGUUGGUUCAUCCGUGAUGUUCUCACGUGUGGGUUCUAUGAUAGCUCCUCUAGUGGUUUCACUUCAAGGGAUAGGGGAACACCUUCCACUUUUAAUAUUGGCCUUGGCAGCCUUUGUAGAAGCUGUUUUGGUGCUGUUUCUGCCUGAGACCAAAGGCAAGGCUUUACCUGAGACCAUCCAGGACCUGGACAAGAAAAGAGAAAGUAAACCAAAAAAUAAAAAUGGAGACUACCUUGAGUUGCCCCAAGGAAUAUGUAGAAUGGAACAAGAAAAAUGCUGA